AUGUAUAAGGCCAGGACGAACAAAUGUUGCACAAAAUUCCAUCACCGUGAGGAUCGUGUCAUGAAUACCCCGCAAGGAGAUCCACAGAUGUGGAUUCGAGUCCCCACGGCAGCAGUGUUUUGCAAACAUCAGAAAGCCCACACAGGGGAGAAGCCUUUUGAAUGCUCAGUGUGUGGAAAGAGAUUCAGUCAGAGUGGACAUCUUCAAAGGCAUCAGAGAACCCACACAGGAGAGAAGCCUUUUGAAUGCUCAGUGUGUGGAAAGAGAUUCAGUCAGAGUGGACAUCUUCAAACGCAUCAGAGAACCCACACAGGGGAGAAGCCUUUUGAAUGCUCAGUGUGUGGAAAGAGAUUCAUUGAGAGUGGCAGUCUUCAAAAGCAUCAGAGAACCCACACAGGGGAGAAGCCUUUUGAAUGCUCAGUGUGUGGAAAGAGAUUCAGUCAGAAUGGCAAUCUUCAAGAGCAUCAGAGAACCCACACAGGGGAGAAGCCUUUUGAAUGCUCAGUGUGUGGAAAGAGAUUCAUUCGGAGUGACAGUCUUCAAGAGCAUCAGAGAACCCACACAGGGGAGAAGCCUUUUGAAUGCUCAGUGUGUGGAAAGAGAUUCAGUAUGAGUAGACAUCUUAAAAUGCAUCAGAGAACCCACACAGGAGAGAAGCCCUUUGAAUGCUCAGUGUGUGGAAAGAGAUUCAUUACGAGUGAUCGUCUUCAAACACAUCAGAGAAGCCACACAGGGGAAAAGCCUUUUGAAUGCUCAGUGUGUGGAAAGAGAUUCAGUCAGAAUGGCAGUCUUCAAAGGCAUCAGAGAACCCACACAGGGGAGAAGCCUUUUGAAUGCUCAGUGUGUGGAAAGAGAUUCAGUUACAAUGGCAGUCUUCAAACGCAUCAGAGAACCCACACAGGGGAGAAGCUUUUUGAAUGCUCAGUUUGUGGAAAGAGAUUCAGUCACAAUGGCAGCCUUCAAAUGCAUGAGAGCACCCACACAGGGGAGAAGCCUUUUGAAUGCUUAGUGUGUGGAAAGAGAUUCAGUAUGAGUGGAUAUCUUCAAACGCAUCAGAGAACCCACACAGGGGAGAAGCCUUUUGAAUGCUCAGUGUGUGGAAAGAGAUUCAGUGAGAAUGGCAGUCUUCAAAGGCAUCAGAGAACGCACACAGGGGAGAAGCCUUUUGAAUGCUCAGAGUGUGGAAAGAGAUUCAGUGAGAGUGGCAGUCUUCAAAAGCAUCAGAGAAUCCACAAUGGAGAGAAGCCUUUUGAAUGCUCAGUGUGUGGGAAGAGAUUCAGUGAGAGUGGCCAUCUUCAAACGCAUCAGAGAACCCACACAGGGGAGAAGCCUUUUGAAUGCUCAGUGUGUGGAAAGAGAUUCAGUCAGAGUGGUAAUCUUCAAACGCAUCAGAGAACGCACACAGGGGAGAAGCCUUUUGAAUGCUCAGUGUGUGGAAAGAGAUUCAUUACGAGCAGCACUUCUCCCCGGGACGCAGCAAGCCCUUGA